AUGUCCUCCGACGACGCGCGGAGGCGACGCGCGGAGGCGACGCGCGGAGGAGAUCACCCCCCUCGAGGAGAUGCGCGGCAGGAGGAAACAUGCGGCGGCGCGACGCACCGCGAGCGUUCGGCGCCCCCAACGCGCGCCGCCGCGAGGACGCGUCAAACGGCGCACGACGAAUCCAUCGCGUCGUUCGCGUCGAAGAAGUCCUCGCGCGCGUCGCCCCCGCGCCGCUCGAGUCGGUCAGUCGGUCGGGACGCGCCGGAGAGAAAGUCCUUAAGGAUCGGCGUUCACCACGCGAACGGGGUCGUAUGGGAACCAGUGUGGCGCCGCUCGCUCGUCGCGCGCGCCCUCGUCCUCGCGACGUGCGUCCUCGUCCUCGCGGGAGCGGUCCCUACCGUCGGGGCUGGGCUCGAAAAACAUCAGUACAUGGGCGCGGGAUUGCAGCACACGUGCGUCGUGCUCGACGACGGCAGGGCGGCGUGCUGGGGUGAAGCCGGGUCCGGAAAACUGCUAGGUUCAGGAGGCCCCGACGGCACUUGCGACUUCGGCACCGUGGACGGCACAGACGGCGGACCGAUCCUCACCGUCAAGAGCGUCUCCGUCGGAUACGAGCACUCGUGCGCCGUCCUCAGCAACGACUGGGUGAAGUGUUGGGGGAGACAGACGUCUACAGGUAAUCGACUCGGCUGUGGUUCCGAUUGCAACUGGAUUUCAACGACUGGUGUUGGGAACAGCUAUCCGUACGUGAAAUUUGCAGAUGCAACAAAAGGCCCUUUCUUGGCGAAGGAGGUUGUCGCCGGAGCCAAGCACUCGUGCGCGAUCACGACGGGUGAUGAAUUGUAUUGCUGGGGAAAGAAUAACGACGAGCAAGCCGACCCCGCGAGUACUGCUAUAGACUCCAUCGAUGUUCCGACGGCUAAAAUUAUCUUUAAUGCACCACAAGUUAGCGUGGGCCGCAGGCUUUCACAGUCGGUAGUCACGUACAAGCCUGUGAGCGUCUCGCUCGGGUGGUCGCACACGUGCGCGAUUUUAUCACCCUCAGACGACGGGAAUCCAGUCGUGAGGUGUUGGGGGAGCAAUAAUCGUGGGCAACUCGGUCAUACAAAUAGUCCUCAUACUACUAGUACGGGAGCACCUACAGGGUAUAUACUGAGCCGCGAUGACGUGAACUUUGGCGGUGGUCGUCACGCGGUUCAAAUCGUCGCCGGAUACGAAUCCAAUUGCGCACUUCUCGAUAACACCGAGGUGAUGUGCUGGGGAAAUGGGGAUAAUGGACGACUGGGCAACGGUGCUACGGGUGACGUAUCUUCACCGGGAGUGUCGGUGGGUUGUACCUCGGGGCAGCUCGAUUGCAUGACUUCAAGCUUGAAGGCGAAAAGUUUGUCCUUGGGCACGGCGAGCGCGAGACAUUUCUGUGCCAUCGAGAAAGAAUCGGAGACGGUCAAGUGUUGGGGUCACAACGAUAGAGGACAGCUCGGGAUCGCCACCUCCACAGCGUUUUCAUCAACGCCUGAGGAGGUCGACUUGAAAUUGUUAAAAAGCACGGACGACGCGACUCUGGCCGCGAGCAUUGUCGAUUUGACGAUCAGCGGCGGACCUUGGGCGUCCGCCGACACGUGGUCGACGGAGGAAGCGGAUUUGUACGAGACGGACCAGAAGGUGAUGUACCUGGUAAACGGCGAAGUUCACACGUGCGCUAUACUCGCAGAUUAUUACACCAUCAGAUGCUGGGGCCGUAACGAUAGGGGGCAACUUGGGGAUGGCACGACAGACGACUACAGCACGCUGGCCACGGACGCCACCCAAUACACCAAGUACGUGAACCUGGGUUACGAAGCGAUAAAUCGCCGCACGCCCGGUCGAAUACCGAGGUAUCACAACAGCUUGUGUACGUGUCGCGUUGCGACGUGCAAGCCCAGUAACUUGCAGCCGGCGACGAAGUGGCACACGUGCGGCGAUUACAGCGACACGGACGAGACCAUCGAUGACAACGUCUACGUCUCCGGAGGCACCGUGCAAACACUCGACUUUUCCAGUGUCGUGACCUUUAACGGUCGCGUGGAGUUGCUCGACGCGGACGCGCUCGUGAGCGUGGACUUUUCGAACGUCGUAUCGAUCCGCGAGUUCUUGCACGUGCGCGAAAACGACGAGUUGACUUCGUUCGCCAUGGACAAGUUGAUGACCGUUGGGAGCGGCGACUCCGCCGCGCACGGCAUCGAAGUGCGUUUCAACGAUGUCCUCUCGAAAUUUAGCUUCGCCGCGUGGACCAAAGAAAUUUACGCACCUCUGCUCGAGCAAGCCAACGGGCACAUGAUCGUCGGCGGCGAGGAUAAAAACUCGGCCGGCGUACUGAAAUCCGACCCCUCGACGAUAUCAGUAACCUCGUUGUGCUCGUGCGAUAUACCACAAUUAGUGGGUUGUGAGAGGGUGUGCGGAACGUACAACGACGACGAGGCCAAGUGCAAUGCGUUAAGUGUAAGAAGUCCUCCUAAUUUCGAUGGACCAAAAUGGUGCGUUUGGCGUGAGGGUAAAUGUCAGUCCAACGUCCUUAUGUCGCCGUGCCCGAGACCGGGUGAAUCUGCGCAGGAAAGGGGAACAACUCAGGGUACGUUCGACUAUUGUCAGCGUGGCAACCAUUUCUACGACGGCGCGAUCGGUGCAGAUGUAGGACGUCGGACGAUCCCGAGAACUUCUUCCGAUCUCGAUAUGACAUCAGGCAUAAUCGAAGUGUGUGCCAGGGACGUGAUCGAUACGGCGACCACCAUCCUCGCCGGAGAAGACGUCGCGCCGGAGGACGACGCGUGCAAAGCCAACAACGGCGGCUGUUCCGAUCUCGUGUCGUGCACGCCCGGCGUCGGCGGUGUCGUCCACUGCGGCGCGUGCCCGCAAGGGUACUCUGGAAACGGCGUCGUCUCCUCGCCGGCGAGCGACUCCGCGCCUGCGAACGGAUGCGCGGACGUGAACGAAUGCUCGGAGGACAACGGCGGGUGCGGCGACUCCGUCGCGUGCGUGAACACGGAGGGAGGUCGCGUGUGCGGGGCGAGCACCAGCGGGGGCGAAUGCUUCGUGAACUACGGAGGGUGCGACCCUCUCACGACGUGCUCGGAUCCCGACGACGACGCGACGAACGGUAACGCCCAGUGCGGAGUCUGUCCCAGCGGAUAUUAUUCCCUCGCGAGUGGGAAAUGCGCGCGAGACGACGCGUGCGCUUCCUCUCCGUGUUCCGCCGGCACGACGUGCACGCCCGACGCACCUCCUGGCGUCAGCUACACGUGUGUUGAUGCGUGCGUUGGCGGCGAGUGCGGGGGGAAGUGCCCGCAAGGCAUGAAAGGCGACGGCCAAACGUGCACGCUGUGCACGAUGUCCGCGAGCAUCACGGGCGUCUCUACCGUAGAGAGCGGCACGAUCGCGAGAGGGUUGCAGAAUAAGAUCGUCACGAACAUCGUGUACAUGGAUCCGACGUGCACGAACGACCAAGGGUACGGAUUUCUGUGGAGAAUCGUCGACACGAGCGACGGAAGUCAAAUCGCGCUCGAAGAGUCGACGACGAAAUCAAACACGCGGCAGCUCUUUCUGCCGCCGCGAACCUUGCCCGAGGGAAGGACGUACGCGAUUCGCUUCGACACGUUCAGCAAAGGCAACCCGGCGAUCGCCGCGUCCGCGAACGUGAUCUUAUUCGUGAAGGCGUCCCCGCUCGAGCCCGUCGUCGAGGGCGGGUCGUUAGUCCCCGACGGCGUCGUCUUCGCGCUCGGCGUCGCGUUCACGCUAGACGCGUCGAAAUCCAUCGACCCCGACGAAGAGAGCAACCCGUGGUCGUACCAGUGGGAGUGUAUCAAAACCGGCGCAUCGGGGAACACGAUCGGGGGAACGCCGUGCGGGAGUCACGGCGCCGCGGCGUGGUCGAACUUCGCGCCCCCGGUCGCCGGGUACUACGCCUUCCGAGUCACCGUGUCGAAGGGGGUCAGAUCCGCGACGGCGACGCGGUACGUCCACGUCGUGAACGGCGCGCCGAACUCGCCGAGCGUCUCGAUCGCGCCGAUUCCGGGCGGAGUCGUGAACGCGGGAUCGCGCGCGCGUCUGUCCGCGACGGUGACGUCCUCCGCUUCGAGCGAGACGAGGACGAUGGCGUGGACGGCGAAAAGGUACGCGUUGACGACCGCCGGCGCGAUCGACGUCGCGUCGGCCGUGACCGUCGACCUCGACGCCGCGGGCUUCCUCGCGAUCGAUAGCACGACGACGUCCAAGCUCGUGUUAGCCCCCCACGCUCUCGGUAGAGACGGCGACACGCUGUAUUCGUACGCGUUCGCUAUCGACGUGUCGGACGCGAACGGCGCAGCGAAGGCGUCGAUCGAUUUGCGACGGAACGUUUCGCCAGUCGCGGGCAUGGUCGUCGCGCUUCCCGCGAAGGGCGUCGCCGCGCAGACGACGUUCGCGAUCGCCGUCGGCGAUGGAACGCUCGACCCGGACGGCCAUUUGCCACUGAUGAUACGCUUCACCGCGCUCGUCAAGGGCGCGCCCGCGCAUCAAUCGCGCUUGCUUCAAGACUACAGCCCGCGGACGACGUGGAAAGGCACGCUGCCGGGGGGAUCUAGAGACCACGGAUACGUCGUCACCGUGUCCGCGCAGGCGAUGGAUAAACUCGGCGCGGUCUCACCCGCGAAAUCCGUCGACGUCGUCGUGGAAUGGCCGACGCUGCCGUCGGAGCGCGCGGUGACCGAUGCGAGCGCGGAGAAGCUCGCGGCGGCGGAGUCAGCGUUUUUGAACGGCGAGUCCGAGACCGCGCUGUCGCACAUCGCGAACGCGUGCGAUCAGAUGCUCGACUUCAAAGAAACGCAGAGUCGCCGGCGUCGACGCGGCCGCGCGCUUCUCGAGUCGUCGUCCGUCUCCGCGUCGUCGCCGUUUAACGACCCGUGCGCGCCGCAGUCGGACAUGCGGGACCGAGCCAAACAAAGAAGUCGGAUGAUGAAUCUCACGGAGUCCGCGAAGAAGACGAUGCCGUCGUCCGACUCGUUCGCGAGCGGCAUCGCGGACGUGGCCCGUCGAAUCCUCUCGGACCCGUGCGAAUCCACGCCGGAGACGCGCGGUAAGGGCGUCGACCUCGUGGACACGUUGCUCGCGGACGCGGAGGCGAAUAAGGAUUUGUCCAUGAGCGAGGAGGUGAGCGUCAACGCGUUGGGCGCGCUGUCUUCCGCGGUCGCGCCCGCGGUGCCGGGGUACGGGGAUAAAAACGCCGCGCUGACGUACGCGAAGGCGACGGACGCGGCGAAGACGAUGAUGGCGCGAUGUCUCGAUCGCACGGUGGAGGGCGAGCCGACGAUCAGCGUCGUGUCGCCAGAGAUGGAAAUCAACGCGCGGCGCGCGGCGACGGCGGCUACCGGGACGGAUAGCGCCGUCGCCUCCGUCUCCGGCGCGUCCACGGUCAACGUGUCGAACGACGUGCUGCGCGCUCAGGGCGGGGGCGGGGAUACGAUGGACAUUAAACUGCUGUCGAUGAACUUCGACCCGCACGCGUUGAAUCAGCAGAGCUCGUCCUACGGCUUGAACGGCGCGACCGAGACGUUGUACGUCGCGAGCGUCAGCGGCGACAUCGAGAUCAUCUUGCGACACGCGCGCGUCGCCGCGACGGAGUCGCUCGUCGUGUCGUCCGUCGGCGCGGGCGCGGCGGACGUGGAGAUACGCGAUCCCGCGAAACCGGUGGAGUGGAAGCUCGCGGUUCGCCGCGCGCGACCCGGGGCGGACACGUGCGCGGCUGGAGGAGGAGGAGGACGCGGACCGACGAGAGGCGGCGGGGACAAGUACGCGUGCAGAUUUUUCGACGCCGCGAAGGGCAGGUACGAGACCGACGGCUGCGCGACGCUACCGAACCCGCUCCCUCGCGGCGCGCGCGCGGCGUGGAUCGAAGGCGCGGCGGAGAACACCGCGGCGUUUCAGAGCGCGGGGUACGACUACUCGCGAACGCACGCGUCGUUUCUGUGGAAACUUGACGGCGCCGAGACGUUUUUGAACGGAUGCGAGGAGCGCGAGGUUCGAGGCGGCGCGAUGCGCAUGCGGUCGUGGACGGGCAAGAACUGCGUCGCGGAAGAUCCAAACAACGCGUUCGGUUGUUAUUGGCGGUACGACGCGCAAGCGUUUGAAGGAUGCGGUUGCGUCGUCGCGGCGGCGGCGACGUGCCUGUGCGAUCGCGUCGCCGACGUGACCGUAUCCGAGUACAAGAUCGACACCGUUUCCCUCGACGAGCUCACGUCUCUUUCCACCGGGGACGUUCUGAACACGUGGCGCGUUCUCGCCGUCGUCGGCGGGAUGUUCUUCGGGUCCUUGCUCUUGGCGUCCGCGCUUCACUUGAGAGCGACGCUCGGCAAGCGAAGGCUGCUCAGACGUCUCGUCGACCCCGCGAAAAAUCGCGACUUGGGUUUCGCCGUCGUCCAACGCGUUUGGACGUGGCACAUCGACGUCCAAGAGAUGCAGUUCAUGUUCAACGCCACGCACCGCGCGAACGACGAAGACGCCGUCGCCGCCGCGCUUCUCGCUUCUCACGACGCCAAAGGCGACUACGACGCGGCGGCGGCGUCAAAGUUGGAGACGCGGAGGCGGAUGCUCGAACUCGAACGCGAGGGCGUCGAAGGCGACGCCGCGGCGGCGGACGUCGCGCGCGCGGUCGAACGCCGCGUGGAGGAGUAUAAACGCGGGGCUCGAACGAUCGCGGGGUUGCCCUCGUGCGAAAAGAUGCCCACGGACCGACUCGUCGCCGCGGGGGUGGACCCAGAGGCUGUGGACCGCGCGACGACGGAGUUGGACGCGGAGAUCGACGACGCCGUCGGCGCCGACGUCGUGACGCGCGGCGGUCGCGUCGGCGUCGAAGUGUACGCGCGCGGAGGGCGAACGUUUUACGAGCUGUCGACGGCCGAAUCGUUCGAGUCGUCGGAGGCGAGAGGAACGCGCGUUCACCAAACGGCGCGGGCGGCGACCCGCGACGCGAGAGAAGAAGAUGGCACAGAAAUAGAAGGGCCCGGGGACGAACGAGAAGCGCGUAUGAGCAAACAGUCCGCCGCCGCCCGAGCCGUCGUCGAGGCUGUCGAGAUCUCGGAGGAGGCUCCGAGUCGCUCCUCGAGGGGGGACGCGGGACUCGUUCCCGUGAAGCAAAGACGCGGCUGGGCGCCGCGUGUGUUCGCGGCUUCGGAGGAGGAGGCGACGACGACGACGAGACCGCUUCUCGCACGAUCCCGUUCGUGCGGCGCGCGCCGUUCCUUGAGGACUUUUACCAGCCGUAAAGGAGACGGCGACGACGAGGGAGUGACCGCGAUGAACGAGAAGCGAGCGGGUCGCUCGAACGCGCCUCCGGAUUCGGCUCCGAUGACGUUCGCGAAGAUCCGGAAGAUCUCUCGACGCGAAGGCGAAGGCGGCGGGAUGACGUGGCGUCGGUUUUCGAGUCGUCGUCCGCCGCCGCCGCCGGAGAAAAUAACCGCCGCGGCGCUUCCGGUCGCGACGCGAAACGGCGAGACGUUUUGCAAAGCAUGCGGUCUCCCGUACGUCCGAUUCCUCAUCGCGUUCCCGAUGGAGCAAUUCCGAAAGAAACUCAAGGAAUGGCGCGACGACCGGAACAUACAUAACACCGAAAUCACCGCGGUCCUGCCCUUCGGUAGAGCCGUCGGCACCGCGAUGGCGUACGCCUACCUGGACGUGAACAACGUCGUCUCGCACGACGAAAUCGGUCGACGGAAGUACGACGCCGCGCAGCUCCCGUGGUACCUCCCCGACGGCCUCACGUUCCCGACCCUCGUGGAGGAGUUCAAACUGAUGAUGACGAACAACCUGAAGAAGGUCGGGUGGACGCGACGCGCGAUGCUGUGGAACAUCGUGUCGUUACGAGGCAAAGACGGCGGGUGGUCCCCCACCGACGCGCUCGCGGCGGCGUUGAAAGCCGCGGGCCCGCCCACCGCGUGCGCGUCCAUGCCCGCGACGGGUAGCGACGCGCCGACGCUGAAGAGCCAUCACGACGCCGCGGUGUUAACGCGCGGUGUCCCACUCGAGCUCGCGAAAGCCGCGCGCGAUGUCGGUUGGAGGAGGGUGGAGAGGACGUGGUGCACGCUGCUCGCGUUGGCGGCGUGCGAAAUAUACGAGUUGGGAUGGGUCGUAAACCCGUGGGACGAAUCGUUCGAGCCGUACGACAUCGCGCAGCACGGGUGGACGUUCGUUCAGAAGAACCUCGCGGGAACGUCCCCGGAGAUGGCGGACGCGGUGUUGCGCGGGAGAAACGCGGCGAAAAUUGCGGUCACGGCGUGGCGCGAGUCGCAUUCGGACGCGAUCGAAGGGUUACGCGAGCGGCGGAUCGCGGAGGCGGCGGAGAAGAAAAAAGACGAAGAAAAAAAAACGCGUCCGAUCGUCGUCGUCGCCCUCGCGGCGAUUUGGUUCUGGCUCACGCGUCCGAUGCUCUUCGCGCACGCGGCGUGGGCGUUCUUGAAGUUCAUCGUACACGCGUACUGCGAAGCGCACAUGUUCUUCAGGGCGUUUCUCGCGCCGGCGACGGCGCAAUUUACGGGCGCGCAGCGCCUCUUCGUGCAGUCGUCCAUCUACCUCAUGGGACUGCUCAUCUGCGUGUGGAUGUAUUCGAGCCGCGCGACGCAGUGUUGCGUCGCCGUGCGCGAAGCGCUCGGGUGCACGCCGAACAUCAUGGACGCGUGCAUAAACGUCGAUCCCGGGGAAGGGUGCGUCGUGUUGAUGCGCGCGACGAGACGGUUGCUCCCGCCGAAGUGGAAGUGCGACGCGUUCCCGGUGAGAGGCAACCUCCGGCACACGUUCGCGGUGAUCGGGAUUCAGGUGAUCAUAUCGCUCCCGACGCGUUUCGUCCUGAGCUCGUUGUUCGCGUUGGGCGGCGCCAGCGUCUCCGCGCCGCACUACAAGGAAUCCGUGAUGAAGGCGGGGAUGAACACCGCGGAGGUUUUAGCCUCGUGGUGUGAAUCCUUAUACGAGUUCGUCACAAACGCGGGAUCGGGCGCGCCCGCGGCGAGCGAACGCGGGGGGACGUUCGGGGCCGCGGUGAAGCGUACGCUCGAGAUGUGCGGGUUGUACCAGAGCGCUCGCGCGACGUCGAAGGCGGUGUCCUCCACGUGCAAAGGUGCGCCACGAAGGAAGUACCGUACCGUCGAGGAGAUAACGGGCGAGAUCGAGGCGCUCGCGCGAAGCGCCGACGUCGCGACGACGGACCGGGACGCGCCUCCAUUUGUGCGGCGGAGCAGAGCUGUUGAUUUCCAUUUUUUCGACGGCUCAGAAUCUUUCGUGAAACCGUGGGCCCAUAUGAAGAUCGGCGAAGACAAGGAGGUCGCGUUCGGCGGCCAUCACGUGACGAAGCCGUUUAAAGACGACACUUCGCGGUUGGAGGAAGGAGUAGACCGCGAACACGUGGACGACGACGCCGGUGGUAAAAGCCGGCAAAAGGAGGUCGUCCUUCGCUGGAUCGCAUCCCAAGAGAAAGACGCGGUGCGUCGCGCGACGCGUACGUUCUCGCAAGAUGAUAUGAGAUCGGAGCGCAGGAAAUACCUUCGAAGAGUUAAAACGAGCUCCUCGCGCGUGUUGAAGCUCGCGUGGUGCCUCUUCGCGCUGUACUGGCUCGUGUGCUGCUACCUCAUCAUCGUCUACGGCGUUUUGAUAUAUCGAUACAUGGGCGCCGGGGAGGAGGGUGCGUACAUCACGACGUGGGGGAUGACGUUUUUGCUCGUCAACUUUGGUCUCUUAUCGUUGGUGAUCGUCGGAAGGAAAGCGUUCUACAAGACGUUCUACAACACCUGGCGAAAAAUGUUCACGCCGCAUUUCGAGCUGAACGCGUGGUACGAAGCGUACCUCGAACGCGUCGGCGGCGUUUUACUCGAGCGCAACGCGGACGGCUCGAAGGCUGCCGCCGCCAUCGCGCCGAGAGGCGCCAGCGCGAAAGUCGCGCCGAUACCACCAGCGCCGGCACCGCCGCCGCAUCUCCCGCCGCCACAUACCGAUCAAGGGAACGACGACGAUUCGUUCGUGCCGUUGCCGAUCGAUUCCAUAGUGAAGACGCGCUGGAAAGCGGCGAUGACUUCCGCGAGGGCGCACGCGAACCUCAACGUCGCGAUGGACUUCGCAUCUUUGUCGCGCGAGCGCAUGCGUAGAACUAUCGAGGCCGCGGAGGUGCAGCACGCGACGACCCUUCGGUUGCUUCACGGAGUCGAGGUGAACGACGCCGACGUCGACACCGCUACCAUCGUGCAAGACGAUUUGCUCGAGAUGGUCGCGGAGUCACAUAGGGCGCUCGAGAGGAUGAAAGUUAUCGAGGGCAAUAUCGAGGGCGAACGUGAAGAGGCGCGGAAAAAGCUGUUGAAGCGAUUGGGGUCGAAACAGGCUGAUGAAAACGGAGACGGCGACGACGGCGACGACGGCGACGACGGCGACGACGGCGACGACGGCGAAGAAAGACGCGCUCCAGUCGCGGAUGACUGAGCUGCGGGCGAACUUGAAGGCGAAGAAGAAUUAGUUGACUUUAAUGACUACCUUAACGUUGUAGCU